UGGAAGCUGAAGGUGUCAAAAGGCGCGCUCCAAACGUCAAACAAAUGUUGAUUUCUGUCUUGGAUAAAAACACAUUCUACUGUAAUCAAAACAAAGCACUUGGCGUAAGAUGAGCGAUCAUGAUGUUGCACAAGACGACGAGAUUCUUGUUGACGAUGGUACCGGUCUGUACUCGCACUGCUAUUUGUGCCACACUCCAGCCGUGCAAGAUGAAUUUUGUCAACUUUUCCCCGAGCCGAACUUUUUCUCGCCCGCUAAAACGAUAUGUGAUGUGCUGGAUGUAGCACUGAUGCCGGAACUGUGCCACUCGCUGAUCAUUUGCAAGAGCUGCAAUGCACUGUGCGCGGAGUAUCAGUCGUUGGUAGAACGUAUGGAAAUGAUCCACAGGACCAUCACAACGACCUACAAUCAAACCGUGAUGAAGCUGACGGGGCUGACGGAGACGGACAUCAAGGAAGGGUUGGUGGCGGUUGAGUACAACGACAACCUUGACACGGAACUGCACACCUUCAACAAAGAGCUGAUGUCUAUGGAAGAAAUGUUUGGAGAGCUAAAUCCGGACGAGAUACAGGUGGACCCAUCCUACGAGACCCUGCAAGAUAACGCUUCUCAUCUGGAACAAAACGAUCCGGACGAGCCGGCGGCAGAAGACUGUGUGCAGUUUAUAAAGGUCGAUGAGCACGUUACACCCCUGCUGCCGACCGAUUCCGACGAGAUGGUGCAGAAGAAUGUCGGUGACGAAUUUUCUGGCGAAGAAACGCUCCAGCGGUAUAUAAUCGAUACGGAUGAAACGAUCGUGGAGGUGGAUGAAGAAGAUGGAACCGCAAUCUAUUGCGUCUACAAUGACGUUGUAGAGUCGUUUAGUGACCCGGAAGAGCAGCCGGAGACGGCGGUACCAGUGCUGGAUGGUGCAACGACCGAAAAUGGGUUUCUGGAGAAUGAUGAUGCUAUCAUCGACGGUGCAUCGCAAGCAAGUGAAAGUGGAGUAAACGAGAUUCAGGAAUCCGUAUCUGCAACCUCACUGCUGCUGAAUGAGGUAGAGCUCUCCGGAGCAGGAUCUCCACCACUAAACGAGAAAGAUGAUUUAAGGCCGUAUUAUAUAAAAAUAGAAAACUACUACUACUGCACCGUCUGCCCGACCGACAACGACGAAACAACGGUUUCUACGAACGGCAUCAAGCUGAUGGCAGAACAUUUAAGCAAAGAGCACAAUCUACUAGCCCAUAUCUGCCAACUGUGUGAUGCCAUAUACUUUCAGCGCGAAGCUUACGUUAACCACCUUGCCACACACGCCACACAAGAAGAAAGUGCGCUUGGGAGUGAACUGACCUGUGAUCAGUGCGAUGCCACGUUCACCAAACAAAAUGCGCUUGACCAGCACCGCAAGUCGCACCCGAGCGGAAAGAGCAAGGUGUGGCACUGUGAGCUGUGCGACAAGAAGUACACCUCGAAAGCGUUCUUUGAGGUGCACAUGAACAAGCACGCCGGUUUGCGGCCGUUCAAGUGUACCGUGUGCUCGAAAGAUUUUAGCUCCAAGUACGCGCUGGCAGUGCACCUGAAAACACACUACGAUCGUCCCCGUACGUUCGUGUGCAAGGAGUGUGGGAAUGCGUUUUACAGUCGGCACAAUUUGGUACAGCACGAACGGACGCAUCGGGCCGAGCGAGAGUACGAGUGUGGCGAUUGUGGGAAGAAAUUUUUCACCCAGCACAAUUUGAACGUACAUAAGGUUAUUCACAGUAGCAACAAGGCUUUUGCAUGUCGCCAGUGCGGAAAGAAGUUCGCCCGGAAAGCGGAAGUAAGAGACCACGAGCGGACGCACACAGGUGAGAAGCCAUUUGUGUGUGAUAUGUGUGAUUUGGCGUUUGCGCAACGGUCCAACCUUAACUCCCACAAGCGGCUAACACAUUUCAACGACAAGCGCUACAAAUGUGACCUAUGCGGGGCUUGCUUUAAACGGCGCAGGCUGCUCGACUAUCAUACGCGAGCGAUGCACACGGGAGAGCGGCCGUACAAGUGUGAUCUGUGUCCCGCUUCCUUCGUGUAUCCGGAACACUUUCAAAAACACAAACGCAUUCACACCGGCAUCAAGCCGUACGCGUGCGAGGUGUGCAACAAAACGUUCACCAGUCAGGACAAUCGGAAUGCGCAUCGUUACGUGCACAGCGACAAGAAACCGUACGAAUGUGUGACGUGCGGUACUGGGUUUAUGCGUAAGGCGCAGCUCUACACGCAUAUGCAGGAGCAGGGCCACCUGAACGACACGAUCGUGGUGAAUCAGCCGCGGAUCAGUGCGAACGAUGUGAUCGAGUUCGAGACGGAAUCGUUGGUGGUCGAUGGGCAGGCGGAUGGUGAACAACACCGGGAUGUGGAGGUCGGCUCGGACGAUGAACACGCACACAUAACGUUCAUUUGCGAUGAGGAGUACGUGGAUGGGGUUUCAGAAAUGGAAUAGGUAAACACAUGCUCACUUUUUCGUAGACUCGUUCCUCUGAACACUGAUUUUUAUGUUUGAUUUUUCCACAGUACAGCCUUCAGUAUGUAUUCAGGUGUGCUUUUAUCUUUUUUCUUUUUUUGAAUAAGAUUAAUAGUAACAGUAAGUUUGAUAAGUAAGACCUUUUGUGUAUGGAAGCUGCCAACUGCAUUCGCUACCGAACAGCGAAAGCGCGAAUAAAAGUCUGUUGCAAAACAGAUAGUCCUUUAGUGAAGAUAA